AUGCCUGGGCAGAUUUCUGCAUGGGCUGUGCUCUUCCUUUCCCUGGCUGUAAUUUUACAUGGCCAUCAAAUAAGAGAAAAAGAACUUCCAAAAUCCAGAGGCUAUCUUCAACAUAUCACAACAGCAACAGGACCAACCACAGCAAAACCUCCUCUACAGCUGAUUAACCAAACACUUCAUGUAACUUUAGCAGUGAGAUCAAAGGAUGAUUACAUUCAAAUGGCUGCUGAAACCCCCACCUCUGAAAACACAGCUCACACAGAAAAAACAGCAAAAAGUCUUCUACCCAGCAGCACAGCUAGUUAUACCUUUGUCACAUCUAAUAACUCACACAUGACUGCUUCAUCUACCAUUGGCCUUGGUUUAAUUGCACAUUUGCCAAUUCCUAAAACUGGAGUUAGUCUAUCCACUGUCAACCAUAUAACUGGGAGAACUACCCAAUUUGGUGAUCAGACCACCCUCCUCAAAACUAUUAAUACAGCAUCAAACAAAAGCACAGCCAAACAGAAGCCAUCUCUUUCAACCUAUGCUCCAGAAACAACAGCUCCUACACACAAGGACAGCCCGACAACCUCACCUGCCCCCAUAGAUCUGAGGCCCACUCUUGCAAGUCAGUCAUUAUCAGUCAAGACGGGAACUUACGAAGUCUUAAAUGGAAGCAGGCUCUGUAUAAAAGCAGAGAUGGGUAUUCAGCUGAUUGUUCAAGAAAAGGAUUUGGAUUCUGCAACUGAGAGACACUUCAACAUUGACCCUAGCCUAACCCAUGCAUCUGGGAAAUGUGGCUCCCAAAAAUCCAACCUGUUCUUGAAUUUCCAGGGUGGAUCUGUGAAUAUCACAUUUACAAAGGGAAAAAACUCCUAUUAUAUCAGUGAAGUGGGAGCCUACUUGACCAUCUCAAAUACAGAGAAGACUUACCAGGGAAUAAAACGUACUAUGAUGAUGUUCGAGACAGUAGUUGGGCAUUCCUUCAAGUGUGUGAGUGAGCACAGCCUCCAGCUGUCAUCUCAGCUUCAAAUGAAAAUAAUGAAUACUCAUCUCCAAGCCUUUGAUUUUGAAGGAGACUGCUUUGGAAAUGUGGACGAGUGUUUGUCUGACUAUACCAUUGUGCUUCCUGUGAUCGGGGCCAUCGUGGUCAUCCUCUGCAUUUUGGGUUUGUGUGUCUACAAAAUCCGCCUAAGAUGUCAGUCAUCUGGAUACCAGAGAAUCUAA